UGAAGUACUUACGCCGUCGAGUCCACCGCGCAGGCGCAGCACUAUGACGGCUCGCUGUGUGAUUGGAAGGAUGUGCAAGUGGGUGGAGAACGCGUGCUCCCCGCCUAAAAGUCUUGUUUUUGUUUCGAGUGGCGCGGUUCGCGUCGUAUGGGGGAAAACUCGCCUAAGUGAGCCGUUCCAGUGAGGCGUAUGAAGGCGUCUGCUCUGCUGCAGUGAUGGCCAGAAGGGAUUUUUGUACGCGAUGUGCAGAUGCCAGGAUUAGGAAUGCGUUAAACUGAACCUCUCCCGACAAGGCAGGUGUCAUGGCUCAGAGACCAGAGCACAUUAAGGAAGAAGACCCCGAUUGGGAGCCCCCUGAAGCAGAGAAUUCCUUUGUGAAGCUAGAAGACUGUGGCUUGGAUUAUCCCGCUUUUAAGGAAGAGAUAUACGUCAGCUCUGAGUUAGAAGAUGCAGAGGGAACUUCGAGAUACACAAAGGAUAACGUCACUUCCGAGAAUGCUUACAGUUUAAGGUCCGCGAAGAAGAGGCAGGUGUCUCCUCCGCAGAAUUCCGCUCGGUUGAAGCCUGAUUCCGUUGAGCCUGGGGGCAAAAUGACUCAAGAGCUAAGCUACAAGAGGCAGGAGAGAGAGACGUCAUCUGUGAGGCGCCCUUCAAACGUUUCCAGUUCAGUUACUGCCACUCCGCAUGAGGCGGCAGAGAGGCAGGAGCGCCAGCUACUCCACCCACCAAAGAAAAGGAUAAAGUCGGCCGUGUGGGAGUAUUUUGGCUACCCGGAAAACCCGGAUGGCGCAAUCCUGGAGGAUGGUAUUCCAAUGUGCAAGAUUUGCAGAAGAAAGGUGUGCGCGAGAGGAGGAAACACGUCAAAUUUCCGCGCACACCUGCGUGUGCAUCACGCUGCAGAGUAUUCCCAAAUCAAGGUGGUCAAACCCAAGAUUUGCUGUAAAAGUAAAGUGUGGGACUAUUUCACCAAAGGCAACAGUUUUGGUCCAGUGACCUGCAAUGUCUGCAAAGCCAGAGUCAGCCAGGGGUCCUAUAAAUCCACUAAAAAGAACACCACUAAUUUGUGGAAACACUUACAAAGAAGACAUAUCGAAGAAUAUCGCGAGGCACGAGGGAAAACCACCCUGAAGAAAACUGAGUAUUUUCUGUCACCGUCCCCACUGGCACUGCCCACUCUAAAACGACUCGAUGAUCAGAUAGGAAAAUGGCCGCCAGAUCACCCACAAGCCAAAGAAAUGGACAGGCUCAUCCUGGAGAUGAUUGCCACCGACGUCCUGCCGUUUCCAGUUGUACAAGGUGUCGGCUUCAAAAGGCUAAUGGCGAAGGUAGAGCCCCGCUAUGCGCUGAGGAGUGAGAAAUAUUUUCGUUCUGAGCUGGUAUUUGAUGUUCACGAGAAAAUUGUUGAAAAGAUUAAGAGUCUGGUCGCGGCCGAAAAUGCUGGGGACCGCCUCACGUUCACCGCCGACUGCUGGUCGGGUCCAACGGGAGCCCUGAUGAGUCUGACGGCUCAUUUCAUCGACCACAAGUGGAGACGGUUCAACGUGACCCUAAAUGUCAAGGCCACCACACAGCUCCACCUCGGAGAGUACGUCAAGCAGACGCUCAUGGAUAUCUUGGAAGAGUGGGAUAUCGAGGCGAAGCGCGUUUUGCUGGUUCUUCGAGACAGUGGCGCCGCCAUCGUCAGUGGUGCAAAGGUUUUUGAGAUGCCGGAGCUGAGCUGCAGUGCGCACCUCCUUCAACGCAUCAUAAGUGAGGGCCUGCACUCACAUAAAGUCGUGAAGGAUAUCCUGACCAAAGUGAAGCAGUGCGCCACACACUUUCAGCACUCGGUGGUGGCACAGCGGCGUCUCUCUGCCAUUCAAGAGGAAGUGGGGGUCCCACAGAACGACAUUAUUCAGAUUGUGCCAUCCCGGUGGAACUCGACCCUUCACAUGUUCCAGAGGAUGCUGGAGCAGAAGAGCGCUCUAAUGGUGUACUCGAGCCAGCAUGGGUUUUUCAUGUGUCCGAGUGCGGAAGAGUGGGAUAUCCUGUCCCACCUGGUGGAUACUUUGACGGUCAUUGAGGAAAUAACAUCGGAGAUGAGCCGAUCGGACUCCUCUGCCUCAUGCAUCAUACCUUCUGUGACCGUGCUGAAGUGUGUGCUAAAGGUGCACGAGCCCAGAAAUAUGACAAUCCAGACCCUUUGGAAGAGCAUGUUACAUAGUGUGGAAAAAAGGUUUUUCCAGAUGGUCAACUCCAAAGAGGUAGUGUUGGCAUGUGUGCUUGACCCACGCUUCAAAGAACGCCCCCUAUCCAGUGAGACUGUAAGUAAGGCCAAAAUCUGGCUUAGGGAAAAUACCAGUGAGGGCGUGUUAGCAGAUGACAUACCGCUAAUAGACCUCACAGAGGAAGAGGAGGAGGACUUCCAAAGGCGUACACCACGCGAAGAGUCCAGCAGACUCCUGGAUAGUCUUUACAAGCAUAUGCUGACCUCACCCACUCAUGAGGAGGUGCCCGAGGGCAUAGCCGAAGAGCUGGAGCGAUACCUUCGAGAACCCGUGAUCGACCGGAAGACGGGCAACUCUCUGGAUUGGUGGAGCCAGAACUGCAGCCGCUUUGAGCAGCUGUCUUGGCAAGCCCGGCAGUACCUGGCCAUUCCGCCAUCCUCUGUGCCAGUGGCGAGGGCUGUGGACACCCUGGGCGACAAGACUGAGUGUCCCUCGGGGGAAAAUGCGGAGGAACUCUGCUUCCUGCAUUAUAACCUGCCACUCUUAGACUGGCAGUAUUGAGCAGGGCAUUUGAACUGUGGGGGGGGGGGGGGGACUGUGGACAGAGAAGUUCAUCAUCUUCCUUAAUCCCACCAUUUUCCCAAACCUGAACUGAUACAAGGACUGUGUGCCAAGUUUUUUUUUUUUUUUUUUUUUACUUUCCAAAAUUUAAUUCUAUCAUCUCCGUCACAUUGCCCGCCGCUGCCCAUUUCUGUCCUUUAAUGACGCUCAGACUCAUUGUUUAAUAACGUCUCGUAUUGAUUUCUGUAAUUUCCUCUUCAUCAGCCUCCCUGCAAAAACAAAGUAUUUUCUGCUCACGUUCCCCCCCCCCCCCGUUCUCUCCCAGCUUCACUGGUUACCCGUUCCAUUAAGGAUUACAUUCAGGGUUCCGCUUCUCACCUUCAAAGCCCUACAUAACCUUUGCCCGUUUCUAACUCACUCAGCUCUUAGCUACUGUCCCACGCACCAGACUCUCCGCUCCUUUAGUGUUAUGGCCC